AUGAAGACAAGCGCGCAGCCACCCUCUGUCGCCUCGUCUGCCCAGACUGAGAGGAAGGGAUGUGUGAAGAAACUUGGCGGCGGGAUGCCUGUGGGGCAGUGCGGGCAGUGGGUGGUUCGGCGUAACUGGAGCCCGAGAUCUGGGGAGCCGGAGGGAGGGUGGACUCGGGCCGAGUCACGAAAGGCCUCGAGGCUGCGCCGUCCCCUCGCCGGGCACAGGGAGGUGGCGAGGGUCUGGGCGGCGGCGGGCGCGUCCGCACGGGCAUCCCACGGAGCGCUCCCUGGCUGCCCGCUGGCCGUGGGCUGGACACAAGGCCAGGAUGGGUGUGGGGCAGACAGACCAGUUAGAGAGACCGUGGAGGCCUCAGUGAAGGGGGCAGCGGAGACUUGGAAAGGAGGGGGCGCUUUUCAGAGAAAUGGACGGCAGACCCCCCUCCUGGGCACAGUUCAAUGA